AUGGCUGCUGCGGAUGCCGUCUUCAACAUGGGUGACCUGUUCUUGAAUGCGAACAUCAGCGGCUCCAAGAAGCUCCGUCGCGCUCUUUGGCUCGAGACCGACCCGUCCAUCGCUGUCUCCACCUCCGGCCUACCUGUGGUCAACCCCCUUAUUGACAGCUUCGGCACCAACACCCUCGUCUUGAUCGCUUGCGGUUGGUGGCGCCCUGACGACGGGUUUGUGACGGACAACGGCUGGGUUAAGCUCGGCCGUAUCAACAAGAGCACUGCUCAAUUUUUUCAGAAGAAGUCCGGCAGCUGGGAGAGGAUGAUUUUGGCACAGCCAAACGUGUGGGAUGAGAGUGGCGGGACUCGACUGGCGGUCGAAUGUACCUUUGCACGAAGCAUGCGAAGCAUGAGAUUGGAUGUCUUGCACAUCGACACCGAGAUCUCGCUCCAGCACGCGCCUACCGUACAAGAUCUGGUUGCUGCUGUGACACAGCGAGCAGACCAGCCAGUGGCACAGAAGGCUGCGAUCUUGCGGUCGAAGCUGUCCAGGUCGACUGCGUACCGGUUACACCAACGCGAUAUUCGUAGUACUUCCAGACGUUAG